CGCCGUUUGACGCGACUCUACCGGCCCGUUUUUCUUUUUAUCUCGAUUCUCGACGCGUUUCUUAAGUAACUACGAAGUAACUAUAGACUACCCUUACCUAAGGUCACGAAGAAAGUUCAAUUUAAUACUUUGGUUUAUACUUUGUUUUAUACCUACAGAUAUCAAGUAGCAGUACCUACACCGUACACAUCCUCCAAGAUCCAAUGCAUGCACAAAUGUUAUAACAAACCACAAAUCACAAACCAUGAACAAAUAAGAAUCAUAUACAAACUACCUCAUCGCUACAAUGACAAUGCUUUGCUUCCAUUGACGAUACAUUGACGAGACUGGUUGAAUCUACAUAUACAAUGGAAAUGGAAUCUUCCCCGCCGCCAUUCGAUCACUCCAAACCUUUUGACGGUCUGGUGCUUUGUUGUACCAGUAUCGAGGCAGAUCUACGUACAGUAAUUGCCCAAAGAACAGUCGAUCUAGGCGGCAUCCACAAAUACGAUCUUACGCCCGACGCCACACAUCUAAUCGUCGGAGACUACGACACUCCCAAGUAUCGCCAUGUUGCAAGAGAAAGACCUGACAUUAAACCUAUGGCCGCCGGCUGGGUUGAUGCCGUGCGAAAUUUAUGGUUGGAAGACAAGGAAUUCGAUUUCGCCCUCCUAGAGGAGACCUGGAAGUUUAAGACAUUUGAGACCGGCGGUGGCAUUCCCAACAGUCUAAUCGAGGAACAAAGAGAGCGGACAAGACUCACCUGCUGUUUGACCGGGUUUGAGGAUCAUGAGACGCGCCGCAAGAUCGAGGAAAUGGUUCGCGGGGGUGGUGGUAAUUACGUUGGCGAUCUUUCUAGACGUGUUACUCACCUCAUCGUUGCCAAACCUGAGGGGAAGAAGUUCGUUGCUGCUCGAAAUUGGGGGAUAAGAACCGUCUCUAUCGAAUGGCUACACGACAGUGUCGAGCGAGGAAUGAUCCUUAACGAAGAAUGCUACGACCCGACGCUACCGGCCGAAGAACGGGGAAAGGGAGCUUGGAUAAGGAGGGACAUCAAACGAGCUCCUUUGCGCAAACGACCGCGCGAUGGUGUUAGCGCCCCCCCAGGCGACGAUGGUAGACGUAAGUUGAGAAAGACUGCAAGUAUGAAACUUACAAGUCAGAGGGAUAAUCUUUGGGGUGAUAUACUAGUGAAGCAAUCGUCCAUGGACCUCUCCAAUCUUGCUAGUGCUGAUUCCAGCAUGCUUGACGAUCAAUCCAUCAGCGUAAUUUCUAUGCCUGCCCAGGCCUGCCCAACCACGUCGACGUCUGAUAGUGCGCAACCGAUACCCUACGACCGUGGCCAACAUGCUGAAGCUGGCGUUUUCUCUUCCUGCCGUUUUUAUGUUCACGGUUUCUCUCGAAAUAAACAGGAAAUCAUACAUGGACACAUCACGUCUCACGGCGGACAGAUAUCAUCAUCCAUAAAGGAUGUCGGGUUGUCGAUCCAUAAUGAGCUAUCUGAUCGACGUUAUAUUAUUGUUCCACAAUCAUCUCAACCUGCCUCUCAUCCCGCAUUUCCCGAGGGGAUACAUGUCGUCACUGAGUUUUAUAUCGAACGUUGUGUCCACAACAAGGUUCUUUAUAACCCAAAUGAACAUGUUCUGGGCCGACCAUUUCCACAGUUUCCUAUCAAGGGGUUUAAUAGUCUGAUUAUUUGCACCGCUGGAUUUAGGAAUGAGACACUGAAUCAAGUAGAGAAAGCCGUCUUGCAGCUUGGUGCCAAGUUUUCCGAACGACUCAACGCGCAAUGUUCAUUGCUAAUCUGCCCUUCUAUUGAGAGUGCAAGAAAACAGAAAUUAGCUUUUGCCGUGAAAUCCAAAGUGCCAGUGGUGGACGCAGAGUGGCUCUGGCAAUGUGUCACAACGGGCUGCCUCGUGCCAUGGAAGAAUUACUUGCUCCGAGGUUUCCCUCAGGAGGUAGACACAGAGCGGGCCGCCGUCGGGUCUAAAGAGAUGGAUAAAACGGUCAGAUCUGAACCAGAACCUGUGCCAAAACAAAUAACGAAGUCAGCCCAUGCCACAUCGGGGAUGAAGCAUGGCAUUGACAUGACCGCAUUUGAUAACGAUACCCCGAUGCCUCGGAAUGCUGUCGUGGAACCAAAGGAUACUGCGAAGUCAACCUACGAAACCGCACCCACCAACCAAGAAAAUGAUCAGGGUGUGGAGCCACCUACCAACUCGACGCCUUUAUCAGAAAAGACCUCCAAUGCACUUAACAAGUCACCCUCGCCACAAAAGACAAGCCGAUCACCACGGAAGUUGAGACGAUUCCCAACUGGAGGGGAAGUAGGUGACUCUCAAAGUGACGAUGAGUUGGAUGCUUCUCUGGGCGAAGCAAAAGAGGAGGAAGACGCUUCAAAGCGUGAGGAGGAAGAACGAAAGCGACAAGCCGAGCAGCUUCGCGCAGCAGAACGGCAAGAGAUGUCCAAGAAGCUGACCUCUCUCAUGCCCACUGAUGGAAUAUCUCACGAGGGUGAUGGAGCGAGACCGCAAUCGGCGCCCAGACAACGUCGUAAACGCGAGGUGCUCGGUCGCGCAGUGAGCAAUGUCUCGGCAGCAUCGAGCGCUAGCAUCGAGUCUUUGCCCCACCCAAGCAGCAGCUCUCUAUCCAACCUUCGAAGAACCGAGUCUGCGGCAUCUCGCCCCUCCUCGAAUAACCAGACUACGGCCGGCGCUUUUGGGCUUCUGGAUAAGAUGAUGAUGCAGCAUAGCGGAGAGAGUAAUCAUACGGUGGACAAUAAUGGUGGAGAUAGUCCGCCAAGAGGCACACAGCUGGAAUAUGAUAACCCGGAGGCGCGGAAACAUAGGGCUACCCUGCUUAAUCGCAUGAUGGCUGGAAGUAGCAAGCAGGAUGCUGCGGCAGGUGAAAGCAGGCAACCACAGGAGAAAAUAGUCUCGGCUGGUCCCACUACAACUGGCCCUACUACAAGGGCGUCGAGACGACGAUGAUGAUUUUGUACGUACCUUGGAUGUAACCUAGGCUAAUGACUGAAAACAUCACAAAGAAGAUUUGAAUAUCCAAACAAACGAGUCACACAUCUAUCUCUCUACCUAGGACUUCUAGGGUUCAUGAAGAAGUAAGCUGUAGGUAGAUAGAUACCUUAUGAAUAAUGCCCAAGCCAGGUUCCCUAG